GGGGGGGGAUGGCCGGACUGUUCGAGAAGCAGGCGGCGACAUAUGCGGAGGCGCGGCCCCAAUACCCGAAGGAGUGGUUCGCUAAGCUCGCAUCUUUGACCGCCCGUCACGAGCUGGCGUGGGACGCCGGCACCGGAAAUGGCCAGGCCGCCGUCAGUGUAGCGGAGCACUACGAGCAGGUGAUAGCAACGGAUGUGAGCGAGGCCCAGCUGAAGCACGCCAUCCCGCACCCUAAGGUCCGAUACGUCCACACGCCUCUCUCUACGCCGGAACCAGACCUUGUUUCCAUUCUCGGGGGCGAGGGCUCGGUGGACCUGGUGACCGUGGCCCAGGCCGUCCACUGGUUCGACCUCCCAAGCUUCUACUCCAUCGUCCACCGUGUUCUAAGAAAGCCCGGAGGAGUAAUUGCUGUCUGGGGCUACAACUACAGCAUGAGCCCCUUGGAGGACGUGAUGAAGCGUUUGUUUGAGACCACCAAAGCUUACUGGGACCCUCGGGCUUGGUAUGCCUUCAAUCGCUAUCGGACCCUCCCAUUCCCAUUCAAAAGCAUUGGUUUGGGAUCCGAAGGCGCUCCCAUGGAGCUUGAGAUGGAACAGGACUUGUCUUUUGAUGCCUUCCUGGGUAUGUUGAAGUCGUGGUCUGCUGUCACCACCGCCAAGGAGCGAGGAGUGGAUUUGUUAUCUGAAGGAGUGGUCAAGGAGCUGGAGACUGCUUGGGGUGGUCCUUCGCUUGUUAGGAGGGUCACUUACAAGGCCUUCAUGCUUGCAGGCACGCCUAAGAUGGAAGUCUGACAUUGUUAAACUCCAACAAGGUUUUCUCGGGACUUGGGGUUCCCAUCAGACCGCCAAGUUCGUGAACUCUUGGGCUGGCUGUUGCCUCCUCUGCCCUUGUUUUGCCUAAAUUCUCUCAUGCUUCAAAAUGUAGGCAACGGUGAUAUGUAAUAAAAAAAACCUUAUAUGCUAUUUAAUUAAACACAAUUCAAGGCUCCA